UCUUAGCUGCCUCUCUGUAUAGCUGCGGAAUGCUAGGCGUAACCGCAGGAGCCCAUCGCCUGUGGUCCCAUCGAUCCUACAAAGCCAAGUGGCCUAUGCGCCUGAUCCUGACGAUCUUCAAUACGAUUGCGUUCCAGGAUUCCAUUUACCACUGGGUGCGUGACCACAGAAUGCACCAUAAGUACUCCGAAACUGAUGCGGAUCCCCACAACACUUCCAGAGGCUUCUUCUACUCGCACAUUGGCUGGUUGCUCUGCAAAAAGCACACGGAAGUCACAUUAAAGGGAAAGGCCCUUAAUUUGUCAGACCUUCGAAAGGAUCCCUUGGUUAUGUUUCAGCACAAGCACUAUUACAUCUUGAUGCCCUUGGCCUGCUUCAUCAUGCCCACAGUGAUACCCAUGCUGUGUUGGAAUGAAUCGUUGGAGUGUUCUCUAUUUGUGGCCACCUUGUUCAGGUGGUGCUUGCAACUGAACAUGACCUGGUUGGUAAAUAGUGCAGCUCACAAGUUCGGUGGAAGGCCUUAUGACAAAACCAUGAAUCCUUCACAGAAUGCCUACGUAUCCGUGAUGACUUUUGGGGAAGGCUGGCAUAAUUUUCACCAUGUGUUCCCUUGGGACUAUAGAACCUCUGAGCUGGGUAACUUUACCAUGAGCUUGGGCACCAUUUUCAUCGACUUGUUUGCCAUCCUCGGUUGGGCCUACGACCGUAAGUCGGUAACUUCGGAUAUGAUCCAGAAGCGCUCGAAACGGACCGGCGAUGGCAGUCAUGCACUGUGGGGAUGGGGCGACAAGGACAUGACCCCCGAAGAAAAGAAAUAUGUGAUAGUUCAUAAACGUAGAACGAAACGGAGAUUAUCUACCGGCAUGUCGGCAGCCCAUUUCGUUAAUAAUUAACUCACUCAAUUAUAGGCUUCUUAUGAUAGUG